AUGUCAUUAAUAGAAACGUAUUAUCAAAAAGAUGAACCAUCGAUAUCAUUAGAGUUCUUUCCUCCAAAGACAUCGUCAGGUAAGGCAAAUCUUUUGGAACGUAUAGGUCGUAUGAAUGUCUUAGAGCCCACGUUUGUAACAGUUACAUGGGGUGCAGGUGGUACCACUGCUGCAAAGACCAUUGACUUGGCAGGAAUUGUUGCCCAAUCAUUUGAUAUACCAGUUUGUAUGCAUAUGACUUGCACUAAUAUGGAUGUUAGUAUUAUUGAUAAUGCAUUGGAACAAUGUAGGGAACUGGGUAUCAAGAACAUAUUAGCAUUAAGAGGUGACCCAUCCGUUAUUGCAAAUGAGGAUGGCACACCCGAUGACCAAUUUAGAUAUGCUGUCGAUCUUGUUAAAUAUAUCAAAAAUAAAUAUAAGGAUGAAUUUUGCGUAGGUGUCGCAGCUUACCCAGAAGGUCAUUAUAGUACUGAGGAUGAUUCUUCAAUUGAACAAGAUCCUAUCAGAGAUAUGGAAUAUCUAAAGGAGAAAAUUGAUGCAGGUGCUGAAUUUGUUAUCACUCAAUUAUUUUAUGAUGCUGAUAAAUUUUUAAAUUUUGAAAAAGUAUUCAGGGAGACGAUAUCUACGACUAUUCCGAUCUUUCCGGGGUUAAUGCCAAUAAAUUCGUACCUUUUAUUCAAUAGAGCUGCAAAAUUAUCCCAUGCAUCUAUUCCUCAACACAUUAUGGAUAAAUUUCCACCAGAGAUACAAGCUGAUGAUAAUAUGGUAAAAUCAAUUGGUGUUAACAUUUUGAUGGAGAUUAUUGAUAAGAUUUACAAAGGUACAGAUGGAAGAGUUAAAUGUUUCCAUUUUUAUACAUUGAAUUUGGAGAAAUCUAUAGCUGAGAUUGUAUCUGAAUCCCCUACUCUUUCUCAUAUCAUAGAUGAGAGUGAAGAGAGUGAUGCUGAUAUUAGCUCCACUGAUAAUAUGAACGAGGAUGAUGAAAAUGAUAUUACAAAUAAACAUUUAGAUAAGAACGGCGAUAUUACUUUAGAUAAUUUAUCAUUGAACCAUGAUGGUCGAAAGAGAAGACGUUCCAGUGUACUUUCAGCUGAUUUACUGUUUAAUAGAGCUAUUAUUAAUAAAGACUCUACUAGUGCACGCAAUGGAUUUAAUGAAUAUAGUUAUAAGAACGGCAUGCCAUCCAAGAAGUUCUUGUUAUCAAUUUCUAGAGGUUCUGGUGCACUUGGGCGUGAUGCUACUUGGGAUGAAUUUCCAAAUGGUAGAUUCGGUGACUCAAGAUCACCAGCAUAUGGUGAAAUUGAUGGGUAUGGUCCAACCAUUAAGGUUAGUGUUAAAAAGGCCCAUGAAAUGUGGGGUCGACCAACGAAUAUCAAAGAUUUGAAAAAAAUAUUUAUUAAAUAUUUAGAAGGUUCUAUAGAGGCGUUACCUUGGAGUGAUCUUGGAUUAUCCCCAGAGACAGCCCUAAUUCAAGAAGAACUUAUUCAAUUAAAUCAUAGAGGAUAUCUAACAUUAGCGUCCCAGCCAGCUGCAAAUGCGGCCAAAAGUACAGAUAAGAUAUUUGGUUGGGGACCUGCGAAUGGUCUUGUCUAUCAAAAGGGAUUUGUUGAAAUGUUUUUACAUAAACAACAAUGGGAAUCCAUUUUAAAACCUAAAUUAGACCAUUAUGGGCGUAGAAAAGUUAGUUAUUAUGUCGGGGAUGCAUCAGGUUCUUUUAAUACUAAUUUGGAUGAAGGGAGUUCUAAUGUUGUAACAUGGGGUGUUUUCCCUAAUAGCCAAGUUAUUCAAACUACUAUUGUUGAAGAAGAAUCAUUUAAAGCAUGGACAGAUGAGGCGUUUAGUAUAUGGUCUGAAUGGGCAAAAUUAUUCCCCAGAAAUACUCCUACCAAUAGCUUCCUCACACAUGUUCAUUCUGAAUAUUGUAUUGUAUCUAUUGUACAUCAUGAUUUCAUAGAGACGGAUGAAUUAUGGGAAAUUCUAUUAGAUUAG